AUGGGCUUCUUUCGGAAAGCCAUAGCAUCAAUUAAAUUCAGAGGGUUUAUCAAUAUUCUUGCUUUAUUUCUUUUUUGUUUAAACUUCUCUGUUUCUGAUGCUUAUGAUGCACUUGAUCCUAAUGGAAAUAUUACUGUUAAAUGGGAUGUUAUAAGCUGGACUUCAGAUGGAUACACUGCUGUUGUUACAAUCUUUAACUUUCAGAAAUAUCGACACAUUCAAGCUCCGGGAUGGAAAUUGGGUUGGACAUGGGCCAAGAAAGAAGUGGUUUGGAGAAUGGUUGGAGGUCAAACUACAGAGCAAGGAGAUUGUUCAAAAUUCAAAGGGGACAUCCCUCAUUGCUGUAAAAAGGAUCCCACUGUUGUGGAUUUGUUGCCUGGAACUCCUUAUAACCAACAGAUUGCAAAUUGUUGCAGAGGGGGCAUUAUAAGUUCUUGGGUCCAAGAUCGAGAAAAUGCUGUGAGUGCAUUCCAAAUAACUGUUGGUCAAGCUGGAACGAGCAAUAAAACUGUCCAAGUACCUGAGAACUUUACCCUGAAAGCACCAGGGCCGGGAUAUACUUGUGGACCUACUAAAAUUGUGAAGCAGAGCACAUUUAUAACGUCUGAUAAAAGAAGAGCAACUCAAGCUUUGAUGACGUGGAACAUUAGUUGCACGUAUUCACAAUUCUUGGCUCAAAAAGCACCCACCUGCUGCGUCUCACUCUCCUCCUUUUACAAUGACACGAUCGUGAAUUGUCCGGCUUGCACUUGUGGCUGUCGGAACAGUUUAAUACAAUCAGGGACCUGUGUAGAUUUGGAUUCUCCGCACUGGGCUUCGGCUCUUUCAAGUCCACGCAAGAACAGUGACACACCUCUCGUCCGGUGCACUAGCCAUAUGUGCCCUAUCCGUGUACAUUGGCACGUUAAGCUUAACUACAAAGAGUAUUGGCGGGUGAAAAUCACGAUCACUAAUUUUAACUACAGAAUGAACUAUACGCAGUGGAAUCUCGUUGCACAACAUCCCAACUUUGACAAUCUCACUCAGACAUUCAGCUUUAACUACAAGGCAUUAACACCAUAUGGUUCCAUAAAUGAUACAGCCAUGUUAUGGGGAGUCAAAUAUUAUAACGACUUACUCAUGGAAGCUGGUCCUUCUGGAAGUGUGCAAUCCGAGCUGCUAUUUCAGAAGGAGAAAACGACAUUUACUUUCAAAGAGGGAUGGGCGUUCCCACGCAGGAUAUACUUCAAUGGGGACAAUUGUGUCAUGCCGCCUCCAGAUGCUUACCCUUAUCUACCGAGUGCUAGUUCUCAAACGGUUAUUUCUAUGCGUAAUAUACUAACUAUUUUGACAUCUCUGGUUCUUUUACUGGCAUAUGACUAG